ACCGCCUUCCUAACCACAGUCUCAUUCACCUUCACAGGACACUCAAGUCACUCCCCUGCUGGAACUGUACUAAUCAUCCGUCUCCCAGUGGUUGUGUACUCUUCAUAAGCGAUUGUUUUGGGAGUCUUGUGAGUGUUUGUGCAUGUCUUCUGUAUCUCUGUGUGCUCCAAAAUGUUUGCUUCUUAACACCAGGUGCCAGGAUGCACGCCCAGCGGUGCCCUGUGGCCAAGCUGCGAGCGGCCAGCCAGCAGCAACAGAACCAAGCUGCGGGCAAAGGAGCCAAUUCACGCAUGGCAGCUGCAGCAGAAGCAAAGAAAAAGCAGGAGAAGAACCGCCGAGGUACUGCGGCCAAGACACCGGAAAGACAGUCAUUCUUCCAGAAUGUACAUGGUGAAUCCGCUCCCCUACUACCGCCACACCCUCAAAUGUACAGCGAAGAGACGUGGGCACUCACGCACGCUAGGCCGCCUCCUCACCCUCGCAAGGAAGCUCCGAGGCCUAAGCCGCUAACCCGUCUUAUGCACUGCAAAGACUCCACACACACACAAGCGGAACCACCCAAUCUUCAUUUGCACUAUAAGGAAACUUCUCUUGCAAAGUCCCUCACACGCCCAGCGUAUUUCAAAGAAGAAAACCAAGAUGCAAAGAGAAAGGACACAGUAGAUCGAUCCUUGAUUAUUAAUGAAAAUUGUGCAGUGCACGGCCACAACACCCCUAUCCGCUACUUCUUGCCAAAAAGCCUCAGCUGUCCGUCCUCCCGCCAGACUGCCGACGUGGAGAGACUCAAGAACUGGCGCCGUAAUUCCCUCACCUUGACGCCAUCCUCUCCAAAUCCGUUCAACUCGGCACAGAAGUAUCACUCCUCCAUCCCGUCCACCAUCACCACUCCUGGUGUGAAGGAACAACGGCGUCGUCCUUUGUCUCAGGGUCACGAACUUCCUCCUUUGCCUCCCGGGCAAAGGAUGGUGGUGAGGCAGCACGUAUCCUCCUCGCGUGCCCUCAGUCCUCCGACCACUACCACUUCUCGCUCCAAUUCCCAGCCUAAGAACAUCACACAGAGUGAAGACCCACACGGCCGUCGAUCACAGUUCCGUCGGGCGUGGUCGUUGUUCGCUAUGGGUUGCGAUCAGAACCAGAAGAAACCACAGCCACAGAGCAUCCUCAGACAACCCACUCGGCAUAUAUACCGCCGCGGAAUCUCAGGCCUUCCUGUGGAGUGCACCAGCAUGGAUAUGGGUGUUGUCUUUUGACAUAAAGGGAGAUACCCCCAGUGGCCGGCGAAGGAUGGAGGCUGAGUGGCUGGCGAGCUACCGCCUCUCCAAGUACAAAAUAAAGCCCAGAUGACGGUCCGAAACUGAUCAGUACGUAAACGACUCACUUCAAUCAGAUGGAGAGAGAUCAAGAAGCUGUCAUCUCUUUAACAGUGACACGAUAAUAAAGACGUUCCGAUAAUAAACACAUUCCAAGAAGAAAGAAAAAGUGGGUGAAGAGAAUUUCACACUUCUACAAAUAGCCUGUGUCAGCUUAGAUUCUUCGGGGACGGCUGCCUUAUAACAGUGAUAAUUAUAACGGUAGUGUUUUUUUUUUUUUUUUCCAGAAAACGCUGCCUGCUGCCUCGCCUCGCGUCGCCUCGCCAUGCUGUAGCGGCGCGAGGCAUGGUAUGAGGUGCCAAACAUGAACAUUAAAUUCAAAAAGAUUCUUUAAUAUGUAAAACGUGCACACAAACAAAUUUACGUACAGUAAAUUGAAUACAUAAAAUAAAAUUAUUUUUGUGCAACAUGACAUUACGAUAUAAUAAAACCCAUUAUAAUUAUAAAUAAAAACCAUGAAACCGA